GAUUUGAGAACAAUUUAGGUUUUCCUUCCGUUCCGUCACUCCUUACCGUAUUAAAUUCCGCCGCAGCUUUCGUCAACGAUUCACUUUGCGUUAAUGGCGGUAUCGUACAAUGCACUAGCACAGGCUUUACAGGCGAGAAGUAACUGCUUCGUCCCCAAAGACUUGUGCAUCAAGCAGAGAAGCAGCAGAUGCAGAUCCAGUGUCGUCGUAUUCGCUGCUUCUAAUGAUAACAACAUUGCUCUUCAAGCUAAGGUAGAUAAAUUGCUGGACGGCAUCAAAUGGGAUGACAAAGGAUUAGCUGUUGCAAUAGCACAAAGCGUUGACACUGGAGCUGUGUUAAUGCAAGGCUUUGCUAACAGAGACGCUCUCUCCACAACCAUCACUUCUCGUAAAGCUACAUUCUUCAGUCGAUCUAGAUCAGCCUUAUGGACUAAGGGAGAGACUUCCAAUAACUUCAUCAAUGUCCUCGAUGUUUACCUUGACUGCGAUCGCGAUUCGAUAAUCUACCUUGGAACACCUGGUGGGCCUACUUGUCACACAGGGGCAGAGACUUGUUACUACACCUCAGUUACACCUCAGUUAGAGGUGUCAACUGGGCGGGCUGACCAUAGGCUAGCCCAGUCCAAUUCAUCGUGGGCGGGGCUAUGGACAUGUCCAAUUAAUAAAUGGUCCAAUUGGAAAAAGACCAAUUGGUACAUGGUCCAAUUGGGCGAAGACCAAAUGGACAAUGAGUGUCCAUGGGCUUCCUUGAAAAAUAAUUAUAAAUAUUAUUGGAUGUCUAUGGGCAUGCCCAUUUGGACAUGGUCUCUAUUGGUUUUGGACAUUUGUUUGGACCAUUGUCCAAUAGGAACCAUCCAUUACUGCCCAAAACUGAAAUGGUCCAACUGGUCAAGCCCAAUUGGGCCGUGGACGGACCAUUUGACAGCUCUAACCUCAGUGUUCGAUCAACUAAACAAUGAUGAGGCUGCAGGAAACACGCUAGCAUUAACAACAUUGUAUUCACUAGAAUCAAUCAUUUCGAAGCGGAAAGAAGAAUCAUCAGCUCCUCAAGAAGGCAAACCAUCAUGGACUCGACGGUUAUUGACGGAUGACGCUCUUCUUUGCUCAAAGAUCAGGGAAGAAGCAGACGAGUUAUGCAGAACACUGGAGGAUACGGAGGACGCUUCAAGAACAGCAUCGGAGAUGGCUGAUGUGUUGUACCAUUCGAUGGUGCUUAUGUCUAAAAGGGAUGUGAAGUUUGAAGACGUUCUUGAAGUUCUUAGAAAACACUUCUCUCAGUCUGGGAUCGAGGAGAAGCAAAACCGCACAAAGUGACCGUUUACUAGUGUUUGAAUAAUGUUUUGUAUUUGCUAUAAUUCUCUUUGAAGUUAGUCGUAAGACCACUUCCAAUGGCUUAUUCUAA